AUGAGUCGCUUAUCGCCAGUUCUCUCUGGAGAACAGAUUCUUCAUGAGGUAGCCUCCAAUAAACUCUACUAUAACAAUACUCAGAACGUCGAGCAGCCAACCAUCAAUGCUGCGUUAGCACAGUCUGACGACCAACUUUUAGCAGAGAUCGGAUACAAGCCUGAAUUGAAAAGACAAUUCUCGACCUUACAGGUAUUUGGAGUGGCAUUUUCCAUUAUGGGAUUACUUCCUUCUAUAUCUUCUGUUUUAUCGUCAGCAUUGACGGCUGGGCCAGCCGGUGCUCUCUGGGGUUGGUUUGUGUCUUCAUUUUUCAUUUUUUUGAUCGGGGUGUCGAUGGCUGAAAACGGAAGCUCGGCACCUACUUCUGGUGGGCUUUACUACUGGACAAACUACUAUGCACCUCCCAAAUUGAAAACGGUGAUUUCAUAUGUCGUUGGUAAUACCAACAGUAUAGCACUUGUGGGUGCACUUUGUAGUGUUGACUAUGGUUUUGCUCAAGAAAUCUUGUCGAUUGUGGUGACCUCCAAGGAUGGAGACUUUGAUAUUACUCCAGGAAAAACAUAUGGAAUUUUCGUGGGUUGCGUCUUUCUCCAUAUUCUCAUUACUUGUGCAUCGUCCAAAAAAUGUGCCAAUCUUCAAACCACCUCCAUCAUUGUCAAUUUGGGCUUGAUUGUCCUCUUUGUCAUAGCUAUGCCCAUUGGAGCCCGUUCCAAUCUCAAAUCGGGAAAAUUUAUUUUCACCCAGUUCAACAACUUUCUGAACUGGCCCAUAGGCUGGACUCAGUUGAGCACCGCAUGGCUUCCUGCUAUUUGGACAAUUGGAGCAUUUGACAGUUGCGUGCACAUGUCUGAAGAAGCCAAGAAUGCAAAAAGAUCAAUUCCCAUUGGUAUUCUUGGCUCAAUUGGUGCUUGCUGGAGUUUGGGAACUCUCAUCAUUAUCAUCACACUCGCUUGUAUUCAAACAGACGACAUUGAGGGCCACAUUCUCGGGUCCAAGUUUGGUCAGCCCAUGGCUCAAAUUAUCUUUGAUGCUCUUGGCAAAAAGUGGGCCAUGGCAUUCAUGACUCUUAUUGCAUUUGCUCAGUUCAUGAUGGGAGCGUCAAUCUUGACUGCAAUUUCUCGUCAGAUCUGGGCUUUUGCAAGAGAUAAUGGACUUCCGUUUUCUUUCUGGAUCAAGAAAGUCAAUACAAAGUUGUUUGUGCCCAUCAAUGCUGUGUGGUUUGGCGGAUUAGCAGCCAUUGUCAUAGGCCUUCUUUGUCUCAUUGGAACCACGGCUGCAAAUGCUCUUUUCACUUUGUACAUUGCAGGCAACUAUUUUGCCUGGGGAACUCCUACCUUGUUGAGAUUGACCAGCGGAAAGCACAAAUUUAAGCCAGGACCUUUUUACUUGGGUCCAAUAUUUUCGCCCAUCGUAGGUUGGACAUCGACAAUUUUCAUCAUGUACACAAUUGUCAUGGUGAUGUUCCCAUCCAACCGUGGUCCCGAUAAGGAUACCAUGAACUAUACUUGUGUGAUUACUCCCAGUGUCUGGCUUCUUUCGCUUCUUUACUACAAGAUUUACGCUCAUAAAAUAUACCAUGGACCUCAAAAAACCGUCGAUGUGCCGGUGGAUAUCGAGAUUAUCAAUGGUAUAGAUGAGGAAAUCGACGAGGAUGUUAGUGAUAAGGCAUAA